CUUGGACACAUCAACUCUGCCUGGCUGCUCUGAAUUCGACUAUUCAUCUUAACGGACCUGAGCUGGGAUGCCUGAGUCUCCUCUCAGUCCCACGGCAACCCGUCAAACUCCAGCCAGCAGCCUGCUCUGUCACACAGACAACGGUGCAGGAGAGAGAGUAGCUAAUGGGGACUCCUGCAGCGGUGUGAGUGGUGAAAACUGGCAGAGUCUCCACCAGAAACAGCUUUUUCUGGCUAUGAUGGCUCCUCAGCACAUGCAUCACCUUCUGUCCCCGAACCAGCUGCAGGCACUGAUCCACCAGAAGCAACAAGCUCUCAUUCUCCAGCAGCAACAUCUGAAAGAGGUUUACAAGAAGCAACAACAGCAGAUUCACCUGCAGCUGCUUCAGCAGCAGCCCAGCAAGAAAGUCAAAGAGCUUCCUGCACAGCAGCUCGUGUUCCAGCAGCUCCUCCAGCUGCAGCAGCAACAGCAGCAGCUCCUCCGGGUGCAGAGACCAGUCCUGUCCUCUCCUGCUCUCUCUCCAGGUGGUUUCAGCUCUGCAGAGAUGCAGCAGAUAUGGAAAGAGCUCACAAACGGAAUGACUGAAGAUCAAACCACAUCGCAGGGCAAUGAGGACUCUUCUACCAACAACAUAAUGUCAACAAAAGUCACACGGAGACAGGCCGGUGACCAGCAGACGUCCUCUCCCAGCAGGGCAGAAUGUGCUGUUAAAGCUGAUUGCGCUGCCAUACACACUCUCUACAGCCACAGUGUGUGUAAUUGGCCCGGGUGUGAGGCGGUGUGUGAAAGCUUCAGCCAGUUCAUCAAGCACAUAGGCAGGGAGCACACUCUGGACGACAGGAGUACAGCGCAGUGCAGAGUCCAGAUGCAGGUGGUUCAGCAGCUUGAGCUUCAGCUCUGCAAGGAACGGGAGCGUCUGCAAGCGAUGGCGGCUCACCUGCAUCUGCCGUCUCAGUCGAUCUCUGCACCCGCGAGUCUGCAGUCGCCACAGUCUGAUACAGCUGCUGACCCACGCAGUCCACAGCUCAGCUCAGUCGGCAGCACCAACAAUCUGCCCUCGCUGAGCCCAUCAGACUCAGCCCAGACGUCCCCCCAACCUCCGGCCCGUGUCAGCUCUCCCUCCCAGGGGUGCGAGGAGGAGUUCCUCACUCACGCAUCAUGUGCCGGGGCCAUAAGACGUCGCCAUCACCCGUUGGUCUACUCACUGUCUUCAGAAAAUGAAUAUGAACUCUACAAGAACACCGAUAUCAGGCCACCUUUCACCUAUGCAACACUGAUAAGACAGGCUAUUAUGGAAACAUCAGACAUGCAACUAACACUCAACGAGAUAUACAACUGGUUCACACGGACGUUUGCUUAUUUCAGACGCAACGCUGCCACUUGGAAGAACGCAGUGCGCCAUAACCUGAGCCUGCACAAGUGUUUUGUGCGUGUGGAGAAUGUGAAAGGCGCGGUGUGGACGGUGGACGAGGUGGAAUACCAGAGGAGGAGAUCCCAGAAGAUCACAGGGAGUCAAUCACUGAUGAAAAAUGUGUCCUCCAGUGGAGAUUUUGGGGGCGUUCUGAAUGCCAGCCUACAGAGUGCUCUGGCUGAGGCAUCACUGCCAGGAUUCAAGAAGGAGCGUGUCAGCAGAAACUCCAGGUGUCAAAUACAGGAGGACAAAGCAACAAACAGCAACAGCCACAGUAAACAGACCUUCUCUCCAAGAGUCCAGCAGUCUCUUUUGCUUAUAGAUGACACACUGAAUCUGAAUGACCAAGAAUCUCUGAUGCCAGCAGUAAAUCCAGCCAAUCUACAGCACAACGUGACUGAAAAUGAUGAAGAGCUGUUUGAUCUUGAAUGACAAAAAAGGGUUAAAAUAAUCAGUUGCAAAGCAGUGAAAUUAGCCUUUGUUGAACUUUCAGGGAUGUAGACCACAGUUAACAUAUUAUAACAUAUUAACUUCAUGUUCAUUUACAGUGUGUAGUGCCAGACGGCAUUAAAUUCUCUACAAAAUAUUGAUAUUUGAUCAAAUACACAUCUAAAUGGAGCUUUUCAAAAUUGUGGUUUAUCAUAUAGUUCAUAUAUUCAUAUAGGUAAAAAACUUGUCUGCAGUAGUCCACUUUUUCUUUUGACAUUUCACCCUUAAAGAGAAGGAAGUGAAAUACAGUGCCACUGAUGAUUUUGUGUGUCGAACUAUUGAUUAUUUUCUGCUUUAAUAAAUCUUAUUAUAAUUUAAAACAGUUUAAAAAUGUAAGGUAAAAGUUAUUACAGUUAAAUAUUAGAUUCAGUGUGUUCAAAGCCGUACAGUUGCUUGCAUUUAAUCUACCCAGAUAAAAAAAAGUGCAUCAUGACAGGCAUACAAGUAAAAAACAAAAAUACGUAAGAAUGUAUACGGGCAAAAAUAGUUGGGAUUUGAUAUUUUGUGAUCUAAUUAUGUCCUCUUUCACUGUGAGCAAGUCCUUUUCAUGUAAAUGAUACAUCCAAGGCCAAAAUAAGUGAUUUACAUAAAAAUUUGUUAUAGAAUGAAUGUGUUAUCUGUUUAUUGUGACAGAGAUGAAGAAACAGCACCAGGUGGAUAUGAAUCAUUAGAGCAAAAAGAGAAAUAUUUUGUGGUUUUGUGUAGAUGAAAUAUCUGAAAACAUGUAUAGUUUGUGCGGCUUCUCUCUGUUGUCUUUGUACAUAAAAAAAUAUGUACAUUUCAGCCUGCUGAAAUGUGUUUUAUGGAUGUUCAUUUUUAAAAAGAAAGCAAAAUCCCUGUCUUAUGUGUUGUUACAUGUGUGUAACUUGUGUAUUUAACUGAACGCUGUGUUUCCAUUGAAAUAAAGAUUGUUCCAAACAUUCCACUUUUAUAACAUUUUGAUUAUUUACAAUAGAUGUACAUACAACUCUCUAUUUAUAAUGUGUUUGUUUGUA